GAUAUCAGAAGGACAUGUCGGCAUAUUUUCUGCCAGAGUAAUAAUCCUAACUUGAUUGCAGUGGUUGCCCUUGCACCCUUUUUCCACUUUUUAUUGCUGUAAUUGACCUACGCUCUCCCACCUCCUAUAACACAGAGGAAGAGAGCAAAAAGCAAACACACACCCUAAAAGGUGCAUGUGCGCACACACACACACACACACACACACACACCCACACACACCCACACACAUACACACACACACGCACACACACAAAUGCAUGCACAAACUUGCACACAUACACACACAAAGGCAUAUCUCAUUACCAUCCUCCUGAUAGUGCAGCCAGUGGGUGUUGCACGAGGAGGAGGGAAGGAGAGCAAGACAGUGAGCUUUGGAGAGAGAGAGAGAGAGGGAGAGAGCGAGGACAAGGACAGGCAGAGAACUAGAGCCAGCAUUAUAGAGAGGGAGAACACGAAACACUCGGCAAGAUAACAGGAGACACGCAUGGGAACAGCAGUUCACUAGAGACAGAGUAGGGGAGCCGGUGUGCAAGACAAACGUUUCAGAGCCUGAAGGUGUGUGUGUGUGUGCCUGCGUGUGUGUGUGUGUGUGUGUGUGUGUGAGUGAGAUACAGCUCAGUGUGUUUCCACGGUUCUCCUGAGGCCGUGGAAGCCAUGGCGUCAGAGCCAAGCACCCAGUCCAGGGUGAUGUUCCAGGCAACGAACAAAACAGAAGAGCCUGCACACCGCAAGUUGGGCAAGCUGACAGUCAAAUACAACCGCAAGGACCUGCAGAGGAGGCUGGAUAUCGAGGAGUGGAUCGACGGACAGCUGCACCUGCUGUUUGACUGUGAGGAGGAAGAGAUUCCAGAGUUAGAGAUUGACAUAGACGAGCUCCUGGAGCUGUCGGAUGAAGGGCAGAGAACCCGACUGCACGAGCUGUUGCAGGAAUGUGGGAAGCCAAAAGAGGAUUUUAUCAACGGGCUACUCUACAGGAUAAAGGGUCUACGCAAAAUGUCAGGUCCCUUGAAGAAAUAAUUAUAGGUCAAAUAAAGAAUUGAGACAAUGUGGAGCCUCUUAUCUUCCCCCCAGUUAACUGUUAGGAUGCCUGUAUGUGCGGUUCACAUGUCAGUGGGACUCUCUUCCUGGGUCAGUAUCAGUCUAACACCAGAGCAGUUGGGUUUUGAAUGGAAUUUUUAUUAUUAUUAUUAUUUCGCUUUAAUUUAUGGACUGCUAUAACAUUUUGUUUCCCAUAAACAUACCAAUACUGCACAUGAGAUAAAUCUGUAUUGACUAUUACUCAGACGGACUGUUUUUUUUUUUUUGUGUAAGACUGUACAUUUUCAGUUGCCUAUUUAUGUACAUAAAUAUUUUUGUUCUGAUAUAACAGUGUUGUACGUCAAAAUAAAAUUGAACAUUUUCAAGACAA